AUGGUGUGUUUAUAUGUCGAUGAUCUUCUCGUAACUGGAGAAUCCAUGAACGAGAUAGAAGGAUCUAAGAAGAAGAUGAAAACCGAAUAUGACAUGACCGACCUGGGAAGACUAAGCUAUUUCCUUGGCUUGGAAUUCACUGAAACAACGAGUGAAGUGUUUCUACAUCAGAAAAGGUAUGUCAGUGAAGUGUUAAAACGUUUCAACAUGAUGAAUUGCAAUAGCACAACUGUUCUAAUGACUGCCAAUCUGAAGCUGACUGAACAUAAAGAAGAAAAGAGCGUGGAUGCUUCCUUAUAUAAACAAAUAAUGGGCUCAUUGAGAUACAUCUGCAACAGUAGACCAGAUAUUAGCUACAGAGUAGGAAUUCUGAGCAGAUAUAUGAGCGAACCUAAGCAGACCCAUUUGUUAGCUGCCAAGCACAUUUUGAGGUAUCUAAAAGGAACAAUCAAUUACAGUCUCAUGUUCACUAGGAUGACAAACAACAUUGGAAGCACGUUGGAAGUCUGGUGCGACUCAGACUGGAGUGGAUAUCAAAUUGACAGAAGAAGCACCUUCGGGUAUUUUGUAAAAUUUGCUGGAGCACCCAUCUCCUGGUGCUCUAAGAAACAGAGCGUAGUGACACUUUCCUCAUGCGAAGCUGAGUACAUGGCCUCUGCAGAAACGACAUGCCAAUGCUUGUGGUUAGAAGCUCUUCUCAAAGACUUGAAGAUUGAGUGUAGAAUACCCAUACAGUUGAUGGUAGACAACAAAUCUGCUAUCAACUUAUCAAAGAACCAGGUGUUUCAUGGCAGAAGCAAACAUAUUGGCACAAAGUUUCACUUUUUGAAAAACUUGGUCAAUCAAGGAAGAAUUGAGCUGCUACAUUGUCUAACUGAUGUGCAGAUCGCGGAUAUUUUCACGAAGGCUCUGAGAUUUAACAGAUUUGAAGCACUCAGAGAUAUGCUGAAUGUAAAAACAUUUUAG